AUGGAUUCAUUGUUCGACGAUGACGUGCUCGACCCGCUUCCAGUCUUCUUCAAACUGCAGACAAAAGACGGAAAAGUGUUGGAGAUGUCGCUUCCGGCACUUCGUCUCUCCACAACUUUGGGCGAUCUGCUCGAUUGUCGCGCCCACGACACUCCGAUGGACGUGCCGAUCCAGGUGCAGUGCGUCAAGUGGCCGAUGCUCUCGCUGAUCGCACAAUGGUGCGAGCAUCACAAAGACGAGGUACGGAGAGCCAGGCUUGCGAACGGGCCGACCGAAAACUCGCUUCAAAAUCAAAGUUGUGAGUGGAACGACGUAUCACAUUGAAGAUAUCGAUGAGUUCUCAAUGUGUGACAACAAACGGGCCGGUUUUAGAGCCGGUAUUGCGGAAAAAAAAAUCAUUCUAGGCCGGCCCGUUCUUAAUACCGGCUCUAAAACCGGCUCGUAUGUUGUCAAACAUUAAGAACUCAUCGGGAUCUACCAUUUGAUACGUCGUUCUACUCACAAUUUUGAUUUUGAAGCAAGUCUGCAGGGAGCGUAUUAAUACACAAAAUCCAUUUUUUAGGUUACCUUCAAACUUACCUACGAAAUGUCCGAGUGGGACCGCGAUUUUCUGGACCUUGAUGACGGGGAGCUGUUCGACUUGAUAAACUGCUCGUACUAUUUGGACAUCCAGGGACUGAUGCAUAUCGGGUGCAUACAGGUGAUGGACAAUGUGAACGGCAAAACCACCCAACGCGCAAUGUUCAAGUUGUGCCGCAUGAGCGAGGAGGAGGCGAAGGAGCGCAGAACGUACUCGCUGGUCGACGCGAAGGCCGUGAUCGAGCUGAUCAAGGCGAACGAGCUCAAGUACGCCGAUAUGACGGGGGCCGUGUAG